AUGAAGCCCCCAGACCGCCCCGCCCCUGGCCGCACUGACCGGAUACUGGGGGUUAUGGGGGGCAUGCUUCGCGCAUGCGCCCUACCCGGGCAGGCUGGGCCCCCGAAGCGAAGUCCCUUAGGGCCGGGGUCUACUGAGCCAGAGUCUGACCAGUUUGACCUUCCCGAGGAGGUUCAGAGAGGGGAGUGUGAGCGGGAAGACCCAGUCUGUGCUCUGCAGCCUGAAUCCUAUUCCAUUGCUGGCAGUGAAGGGAGUAUCUCAGCUUCAGCUGCCUCUGGUCUGGCUGCUCCUUCCGGCCCCAGCUCUGGCCUCAGCUCUGGACCUUGUUCCCCAGGCCCCCCAGGGCCAGUCAGUGGCCUAAGGAAAUGGUUGGAUCAGUCCAAACAUUGUCUCAGUGUGGAAACUGAGGGAGAUGGUGGCCAGGCAGGAUCAUAUGAGAAUUGGAUGUUGGAGCCAGCAUCUGGAGAGGCGCUGCCAGAACUGACGCUGCUGACCACAUUAUUGGAGAGCCCUGGGGAAAAGAUUCAGCCAACUGAGGAGGAGACUGCUUCCCAGGCUCCUGAGAGUGAGGAGGAGCAGCAGAAGAAGGCUCUGGAAAGGAGUAUGUACGUCCUGAGUGAACUGGUAGAGACAGAGAAAAUGUAUGUGGACGACUUGGGGCAGAUUGUGGAGGGUUACAUGGCCACCAUGGCUUCUCAGGGGGUCCCUGAGAGUCUUCGAGGCCGUGACAGGAUUGUGUUUGGGAACAUUCAGCAAAUCUACGAGUGGCACCGAGACUAUUUCCUGCAGGCGCUACAGAAAUGUUUGAAGGAUCCUGAUUGGUUGGCUCAGCUAUUCAUCAGACAUGAGCGUCGGUUGCAUAUGUAUGUGGUGUACUGCCAGAAUAAACCCAAGUCAGAGCAUGUGAUGUCAGAGUUUGGGGACAGCUACUUUGAGGAGCUUCGACAGCAGCUGGGGCACCGCCUGCAGCUCAAUGACCUCCUCAUUAAACCUGUGCAGCGGAUUAUGAAAUACCAGCUGUUGCUCAAGGAUUUUCUCAAGUAUUAUAGCCGAGCUGGGAUGGAUACUGAAGAACUGGAGCGAGCUGUGGAGGUCAUGUGCUUCGUGCCCAAGCGCUGCAAUGACAUGAUGACUCUGGGGAGACUGCGGGGCUUUGAGGGCAAACUGACUGCUCAGGGAAAGCUCUUGGGCCAGGACACAUUCUGGGUUACAGAGCCAGAGGCUGGGGGGCUGCUCUCUUCCCGGGGCCGAGAGAGGCGAGUCUUUCUUUUUGAGCAAAUUGUCAUCUUCAGCGAGGCCCUGGGAGGAGGAGUGAGAGGUGGAACGCAACCUGGAUAUGUGUACAAGAACAGCAUCAAGGUGAGCUGUUUGGGCCUGGAGGGGAACCUCCAGGGUGACUCUUGCCGCUUUGCACUGACCUCCAGAGGGCCAGAGGGUGGGAUCCAGCGCUAUGUCCUGCAGGCCACAGACCCUGUAGUCAGCCAGGCCUGGAUGAAGCAAGUAGCCCAGAUCCUGGAAAGGCAACGGGACUUUCUCAAUGCAUUGCAGUCCCCCAUUGAGUACCAGAGACGGGAGAGCAAGACCAACAGUCUGGGGCGGCCAGGAGGGCCUGGGCUGGGGAGUCCUGGGAGAACUAGGCCUGGAGACCUGGUCCGGGUCAGCGCACACAUUCCCAUCAAUAGCUCUCUCCCCUCUCUGCUGCUGCUGCCUGAAGAGGAGGUGGCCAGAGCCCCCCUGCCCCUGGACACACAGACCUCCAGUAAAAUCCCCCUGGCUCCUCGUGACUCUCCUCCAGUUCCUCCAAUUCUGAACACCCCUCCCUGCCAGGCCAGACUUGCCAAGCUGGAUGAAGAUGAACUGUGA